AUGGCCCCGUCAGCCACUGAGCAAGUGACGCAAGUCGCUGAACAUAUCAAGCAGAAAGCUGGCCUCGAGAACCAAGAUACUGAUGGUCUGCCGGAACUCCUGACUGGCCACAAGGAGCCCUUGAAGCUAAGCGGCGCCCUGGACAAGUUCGAGCAAUUCGAUGUGACUCCCGUCAUUGGGCGAGAAUACGCCAACGUGGAUCUUGCCGAGUGGCUUCGGGCUCCCAACUCGGACGAGCUGCUGCGCGACCUGGCCAUCACCAUCUCGCAGCGGGGUGUGGUUUUCUUUCGCAAGCAGGACGGCAUCACCGACGAGCUCCAAAAGGAGCUCGUGCAGCGCCUCGGCGAGCUUUCUGGCAAGCCGGCCACCUCCAAGUUGCACAUCCACCCUGUCAAUAACGCCAAUCGCGAGCACGGUGGCAGCGACGAUCAGAUCAGCGUGAUCUCUUCGCGACUGGCGAAGAAGAUCUUCGCCGACAAGUUCUUGAACUACGGCAAGGUCCAGAGCCAGAAGAAGCAGUGGCACUCUGAUAUCACUUUUGAACCAAUACCGAGCGACUAUGCGCUGUUGCGGCUGACAGAGCUGCCCAAGACCGGUGGAGAUACCCUCUGGGCUUCCGGCUAUGAACUCUACGACCGCAUCUCGAAGCCCCUGCGCGGCUUCCUCGACAGCCUGACGGCGUACUACGCGCAGCCGGGGUUCAAGGACGCUGCCGACGCCAACGACUUCAAGCUGUACGCGUCGGAGCGCGGCGCGCCCGAGAACGUGGGCGACGUUCUCGAGGCUGUCCACCCCCUGAUCCGUACGAACCCCGUCACGGGCUGGAGGUCCGUCUUCGGCGUGGGCCACCACGUGCAGAGGAUCCACGGGCUGUCGGACGAGGAGUCGCGCCACUUCCUAGACUGGUUCGUGCAGCUGAUCGUGGAGAAUCACGAUCUGCAGGUCAGGCUCAGGUGGCAGAAUGCGAAUGAUCUGGCCAUUUGGGAUAACAGGAGCGUGUAUCAUGCUGCGACGCCGGAUUACAUUCACUUGGGUCUGGGUGAGAGGACGGGGAGUCGGGCCGUCAGUCUUGGGGAGAGGCCAUAUUUUGACCCGGAGAGUACUAGUCGCAGAGAGGCACUGGCGAGGGAGUUGGCGGCUUAAUGAUAAGUGCAGAAGAAAGAACUUGGUCGGGUGUUUUGCGCCAUAUAUCCUUUUUCGAUGGUUUCUUGGAAAAUAUGACCAAAGAAAUUGCUCCAACUGUUCUGCGUUACUAAAAUACUCGUAUUGCUCAACCAGCAAUAUCCGAGAGUGCCAGGACCAGAUAAAUUUCCAUCGAGUGUAGAUCAGGGGCCUAUUGUCAAUGUAUUCAUCAAAUAACACUGCUCUAACGCGAGGGUCGUUGGUCUCUCUGAGCUAGGGUGCAUACU